AUGUUGACCCCUAUUCUUUCAUCGGAAUCCGUCUCUUCUCAGGUUAAUGAGGCUGGGGAAGUUAUUUCCGAUGUUCUGCCGGUAGGUGAAGCCAACGAGAUGACUUCUGUACUGGUGACCACUGGCCCCUCGGGUCAGUUGACUCCCGUUAGUAUGGCUCAAACGCAACAUUCUUCAAACUACGCACAGCAACAACAAUUACAACAACUCUCACAGUCUUCCCAAGGUGUACCCCAACAAGUAUUGCUACAACCCACGGGAAAUCACUUGGUUCAAGUGAAAUCCACUCACGGUGGUCCACAUCCACAUCAACUCAUUGAGCAAGGCAAUCCAGGCGGACUGGCAACUGUCCAGCAAGCCGCAAAUAGGGGUUCGAUUUCCCAUCAAGCCGGGCCACAUACUGCAGUCCACGUGCCUCAACACCAUCAACAACAACAACAUCAACUUCAGUCUCAUCCGAACAAACCAUCAGGACCAGAUCGCAUGUCUCCGGGGCAAUCUGCAAUGCGACAACCUUACAUGCAAUCACAACUUCCCCCACAGCAACAGCAACAACAAAAAGUUCAAUUGUCUGUAGCUGCGCCGCAGUACCAACAGGUACAUGGUUAUGCACCCUCACAACAGCCGCAACAAAUCAUCCUUCAGUCACCCACAGGCCAACAAUUAAUAGCCCAUCCACAACCGGUGGCUCGCGGUACCAUGUUGCCUUCCGGUUUGGCCUCUGGGGGUAUGCUGCUUCGGUCUGUUGGGCCACAAACUGGACCGGUCGGUGGCACUGUCCAAUCUCAAAAUCAGUCACACAUGGUCAGUGUGCCAUCUGGGCCACAGUCUGUGGGCGCGUUACCCACACACAUUGUGAACGGUGCCACAGCGACCGGGAGUAAUAUUGUGUUCCAGGCCAGCCCGAUGACACCGGGUGCACAGACCGCGCAGUUGGUCCACGCGCAACCAAAUCAAGCGUACACUCCACCACAACAUCACAAAGCUGUUCCCAUGCAGAGUCAACCCAUGAAGUCAUCCGGUAUGACCAUUCAACAACAACAACAACAACAACAACAACAGCAGCAACAGCCUAUGGUACGUACCGGUCAUGGCCCAACUGCCGGAAACCACUUGUUCAGUGGUUCACCGGCCCACAACCCCGGCUCUUAUCAGCCGAGUUCUGCCAACGGAAUGCCGUUGAGUAACAAUCAUCAUGCAAACACUAACCACAUCUCCCCGCAUAAUCAGGCUCAGUUAAUGCGGUCAGGCGCUCCGAUUUCAGGUGGCGGUCAAAUACAUGCGACCGCUUACGCACCCGGUCAAGCUGUUCAUAUACGUACGAAUCAGCAGGUUGCAUCUGCAACACCACCAUCCACUGCCCAGGCUGUAGUGCAACCAGCUGCAGAACACGUGCCUCGCACUGGAGUUGCUCCGGGAACUGUUGUCGCGAACACCGGUGCUAGCAUGACUGCGGGAUCUGGCACUGCGAUCUCAGCUGGACCGACAACAGGUUCCAUUCCGGCCACGUAUUACGGUCAUGAAGGCACACCUAAGCCAAACCGACCAGAAGAAUGUCUGGUUGGCUGUGUGUUUCUUCUGCUCGGCUACCGAUCGGUGGGAGAAGCACAACGUGCAUCUUGGCGUCGAAUUAUACGAUCGUACGGAGCCCAAGUUGUUCUCACUUAUGAUCCGACUCGCGUCACUCAUCUGGUGAUCGAUUGUCAACUGGAAGAGCCAGAUGUGGUGAAGCAAAACAAUAACCACACCUUCAUCAAAGAUGUUGAUUCAUGCACCGGUCUGUUUGUGACUGAUUCUUGUCCAUCAGAACCGGCAGUCUCUGAGAGUAGUGAGGUGAGCAAUCACGUCAUUCCACCUUCUUCACCGAGUGGUAAACCGGGCAAUCCGGUUGUAAACUCAAUCCCACUUCAUCAAUGUGGUGACCCAAUUGAAUGCUCACUCCGAGAACGUCGUACCCGAUCGCUUCUGGCUCGAACCCAUGCUCUAUCCGAUCUGCCCCCUUUCCGUCAAUGGGAAUAUGCAUCAAAUACGGAACUGCGUGCUCGUCGUUUGUCCACCUACUUUCAUCAGUAUCCAUGUGAAAUGCGUCCUGUGAUUAUGCAAUUGACUUGUUCUAACCAAUCUCACGUGUCCCGUGCCCGUUGCCGUGACUCUCGUUCCUAUCCAACACGACCAACUCCACUUCAUACAAGAUCCAGUUCCCUAAGCUCAUUCUCCGACUAUCCGCAUUUAACUGACUCAAAAACAACAACACACCCACACCCGGUCUCAAUUCCUCCCCAUUCUUUCAAUCAGACAUGUACCACACCGUCUGAUCGAUCAGCUGCACAACACGCACUUACUCCUCUUAUUCUUCACACUCGCUCUUCUUCUUUCCAACAAACCGCGCGCCAUGCGAACCCUUUAUGCGGAAGUUUAUCCAGCUGUGUCCUUGAGGUCAGUACAGAUUGGUCGAUUGGUAUGUUGUGUACUCGUUCACGCACUUCGUCUUCAUCAUCUUCAUCUGUAUGUUCCUCAUCUUCUUGUUCCGCUAUUUCAAAACUGCCGCAACCAGUCACAAAGUCUCAGGCACCACCAUCACCCUACGUGGUCAUGGACGACCAGUGCCGUACCGAAAACAAUGUAUCUUUAAACGUCUUGAGCAAUCUGGUUACCGGCCACCUAACUCAUGUUUGUCGCCCCACCGGGCCAGUCUUAAAGGAGCCCGACUCGCCCACAUUGGUACUGCCCGAACCACCACCCAGUGGUGAUCGUCAGUCUUUGACUUCUGUGGAGACAAUCGACUGGCCCCCUACCCCAGCCGGAUUAUUACCCUGUUCAUCGAUCGCUCUAUCACCCCAUCCAAGAGCAACCAAUCGGAAACGAUGUACCGUUUGUCAUUCUGUGGUGAAUAUCCUAAUUCUCCCAUCUCGUGAUCUCUGUCCGUCCUCCAUAUCGACAACCAUGGUUUCGCCUCCAACCGAAAUAGCCCUAACUGAGUCCGGAUUCGAUAAAGACUGGAUUACUUCGCCUCAAGUAAAUCCUGCUUCCGGUUCUCAAGCUUUCAUCUACUCAAAUCUUCCUAAUCCAUCUGAAUCGAUUGAUGGCUUAGGAGACCAUUCUAGAGCGAUGGAAUCUGUCGGUUGCAGUAGUGCCACACCCGGUUCGGAAAAAACUACGGAUGUGGCUGAUGGACUUCAAUCACAGUCGAAUAAUUCUCGCUCAACCACACGAAAGGGAAUGAAUUGUGGAGAUUGUGUACAGACUAGUAGAACUCAGUCAUCUAAUUCAUCGACACUAGAUUGUAAGACCUAUUCCCGUCACUCUGAUGGUUUGCCUCAACCACAACCAUGCGCUGAAAUGAAUUUAGGCGUUGACCAAAGGCGCUCCCGACGAUUUAGUCCCACAUCUCGUCCACUUCGCACUCCUCGUUUGUGUGCAAUAUAUGCCUCCAUAUCUGUUCGACCGCCGAAUUCAUCACGUCGUUCGGUUCACCGGCGUUUUUCCACUUCACUGGAUUCUCUUGCCUCCCGAUCUCGGGCCGAAAUGUUGCAAGAAGUGCAACACGCACACGGACAACAUUAUGCGUUUCUUGUCUUGCACACCCCUGCUUGGAUUAAUAUGCUCGCUUUGGUCCGUGAUCUGGAUCGCACUUAUCCCCAUUGGCAACUCACACGACAGUUGGGUCGUAGUCGUAAAGCACUGCGUGAUCGCGUUCGUCUAGUGACCAUAUUCUGGGUGAAUGACGUUCUCUCCAAGGGCCGUAUGAUUCCACCGUACGAAAUUCUCCACUUGCCUUCACCGUUCUCUCCGGACAUCACUUUCUCAUUCAUCCGGGCCCAAAUCAUAACAUUGACUGGUUUCGAGGGCAAAGAACGAUUGAAAGUGGAAACCAUGAUUCGACAAUUGGGUGCAUCCUAUACGGAUUACUUGGAGCCCAGUCACACACUGCUGGUUUGUAAACAACCGGAGGGUAAGAAAUACGAGAUGGCUCAGCUGUGGGAGAUUCCUUGUGUCAAUUUACGUUGGCUACAGGAUCUGUAUUUCGGUGACUUGAUGGCUCUAGCAUCUGAUCUCCCGCACAAAUACCUCUCUUUUGAACCGGUAGAUGUGACCACUGCACUCGACCGAUGCACCCCACGUGUUCAAGAUCUGAUGGUCGGUUGGCUCACUCCAAUUCGUUUAAAUCAAGAGAUUUGGAUGGUAAGUCCUGUUUUUCUGUCCAUUUGA